UGACCGCUGGCCGGAAGUAGCUCGUUUUCCGCACGUUCUGCAAGAUGGCGGACGAGCUGGUUAAUGUUUUUGCUGGUUCUUUCGCCGUCUCGUCAGACGCCAACGACACUGCGGCGCCUCAUCCACGCAUUGGCGAUUACAAAGUCAAGCCCCACAAUGUCCCAGAUCAGCAUGUCAGGAGGGAACGCAAGUUGGAACAGCAAAAGAAAAAAAGAAUGGACUUUGUUAAUUAUUCCCGAAAGCUGGUAGAUGGAUGCCUUGAUGAGGAUGACUUGCAGGAACUUGGACAUGAGGAAAUGGAUACUAUAUCAGCUGAGGACAAGAAAUCAAGAAGAAAAAAGUUCAACCCCUAUGCUUACCAGCUCAUGCUAUCAGAGUGGCUAGUGGAUGUACCCGAUGACCUAACACAAGAAUGGCUAAUGGUCCAAUGUCCUUUUGGCAAAAGAAAUCUCAUUAUUGCUGUAAAUGGAGCAACUUCAGCAUACACAAAGAGUGGAUUCCGUGUCAACAGAUUCACAUCGUUGUUGCCGGGUGGGAGUCCACAGACAUUAAAACCAAAUGAAUACAGUAUUCUAGACUGUAUCUUCUGUGAGAUCACCAGUACUUUCUAUAUAUUGGAUAUCAUGUGCUGGCGUGGACACCCUGUAUUUGACACAGAGACUGAGUUUCGGUUUUACUGGCUCAAGACCAAACUCCAGGAGUUGUCUGCUCUCGGCCAAGCAACUGCAUCUAAUCCGUACAAGUUUAUCUCCUUGGAAUACUGUCCUUGCACAGCGGAAGCCAUUUCACAUGCAGUUUCCACUCCGACUCCAUUCCAGGUUGAUGGACUGCUGUUCUUCCAUAAGCGCACGCAUUACUCACAGGGGCGUACACCGCUGGUCGGCUGGCUCAAGCCCUACAUGCUCCCCGAAAUUCUUGGAAUACCUGUGUCCCCAGAAAUCAUAGCGAGCGCGCCAUCAGUAAAUAAGCUCACCUUACUCAAAGCAAACAAAGACUUGGAAGAUACUACGGACGAUAAGACUUUGGAGGAGAGGGAACAUGCGGCGCUCUUAAAAAGCGAAAAGAACGCUCUUAUGAAAAUGGAAACGGAAGGAAAAAAGGAUCGGAAAAGUAAGGGAUUUAAACAAGUUGAACAAAACGGGAAUGGGAUCAUGGAGGGAGGACUUGAAAUGGAGAUUGAUCAGAGUAGUGGACGUAGACGAAAAAAUCGAAGGAAAAAGAAAUUAGGAGAUAUGGAAGUAGAGGUUCCCGAUGAAGCUCCAGGAGAGGAGAAGAUUGCCGACAUGGCGUAAAGGUUCGGGCAAAUGAUUUCACUUGGGCGUGGCCUUUUAUAAUAGGGUGUUUUAUGUUACGCUGAGUUGUGAUAUUUAUUUAGAAACCAUUUUAGUUAGAAGGCCUCGCUCAUUCCGGGGGGUGGGUGGGGGAGCGAGCGAGCGAGCGAGCGACGCCUGCCUAAAAACGCCUAGGAGGGAGGCUAAGUUAGCCUGCAUGUUUUAUUUUAUUUUAAUAAUUUAUGUAGGCGAAAUAGGAAAAAAACUGAAACAAGUUAAUGCCCGACAGGCCUCCAGAGACUGCUCUCUAUUAUGCGCUCACCUAGCCCCCCUCCCCCCCCCCACACACACACACUAACACCACAAAAUGGUCAACUGGAUUGGUCAACAACCCCGCAGCCCAAAAGCCUGGCUACGGUCCUGAUUUAUGUUUGCACCUUCCUAAGUCGGCCACUCUAAGAGGCUAAAUUGGGAUCCACACUUAUUACUACAUCUUUAAUCUAUCAUGUGAUUAAAAAAAUACACGACAGAAUACAA